AUGAGUUGGUACUCUCGAACCGUUCUCCGAUCGAGCACGCAGUAUAGUCAAUUAGAGCGCCAGCCACCCUCUGACUCUAAAUUCUUCCACGGGUGGAGAUUGGGUGCUCUACUCUCGGGAAUCUUCGUCGCAAUUUGCCUGUGUCUUAACAUAGUGGCCACUGCUUACAUUCGUACCAAGUAUCCACCUAAUGAGGACGGGCUAGGCGUGAUUCUCGGCCAUGACUGCGGCAAGACCCGCAGCAUUGACAGUCGCUUCCACUAUGCGAUCAACGUCAUUGCAACCGUCCUCGUCAGCGCAAGCAUUUACAAUAUGCAAAGGCUCACCGCGCCAACGCGCAAAAAGGUCGAUACGGCUCAUAGGCGGAGAAAGUGGCUUGAUAUCGGAAUCUAUCCACACUCGGCAGUUCUUAUGACGACCAUUUUCAACGACUACGGCGGCCUGGUGGUCACGCCGGUAUUUCUAGAAGAAGGUACUUCUAUUGGCCUCGACUACAGACGCGACGCGAUAGCGCAGUACAAGACUUCAAACCAGCCGAGCUACGUGACUUGCUGGCUGCGCAAUAUGGUACUACAAACAACAAAAAAUAUAAGCCGGCUGGAGCCCAGAGAUUAUAUGUCCACGUAUGGAAGUGGUCUUGAGGGAGGUACUUUCAAUCUCCUUGCUGUCACCAAGAAUGGCAGCAACCCUAAGCAAUCCGACACGUUUCCGCCGCCGCACAAUGCCACACUACCCGUGCUUGCUUAUUUCCACCCCCUGGACUGCUCAUAG